AUAGAGCGAGCUGCCUUCUUUUCUCUGAGCGUGGUACAAAAAUGCAGAUUUUCGUGCGGACCCCGUCAGGUAAAACCUUUACACUCACAGCGCACAGUUCCGACACAGUCGAGAGCGCAAAGCGCAAAAUAGCGGCCGAAGAUGGUCUCCCAGUAUAUCGCCAGAGCCUGGUCUACAAUGGGAGGGAAAUGAGGAACGAACAGUUGCUUCGAGACUACGACGUAGUACAGGGCAGUACCCUCCACCUUAGUUCAACAGAGGAGAUAAAACUACGUGUGAGGCAACCUUCAGGUGAGGUGGUCCCAGUCACGGCAGGGAGAGGAGAAAGGGUGGAGGAUGUUAAGGCAGUGCUGGAGGCUGAACUGGGAAUUCCACUAGAACAUCAGCAGGUGUCUUUCAAAGGCCGGGCACUAGAGAACCAGGUGAAUUUGGGAGAGCGUGGCAUCCAGGAUGGGUCAGAGCUGGGGCUGCUAGUUGUGGUCCCUAUCACUGUCAAGACACUGACAGGCCAAGCCUUCCCUCUUGAGGUAGUCACUAGCGAAUCGAUUCGUGAAGUGAAGAAGAAAAUUGCGAAAGUGGCAAAGAUUUCGCCGGAAUGCCAACGACUGCUGCAUGCCGGUAAGCAAAUUGACGACAAUUCUGCGUUAGACAACUACGAAAUCAAAAGUGGGGCCGAGAUAUAUGUCAUUCGACGGCUCCACUUCUAUAACUUGAAAGUGAGAAAGGGUAAGAGCCACCAGUACAUCAAGUUGAAAGUAGAGUCCUCCACUUCUGUCAGGAGAGUAAAGAAGAUGAUUGAGGCUUUAGAAGGUACGCCACGUCGCCUACAACAACUUAGUCUAGAUGGGAUUAGCCUGGAGGACAGGAGAAGAAUGGGGUACUAUCACACACUCAUCUCCAGCAAGUGCAGACUGGUCCUCAGGAGUCAGCCACAGUACCAGGUGUUCGUCAGAACUCUGUCGGGGAAGACCCUAGCACUAGGGGUGAGGGGUGGGGACACAGUGAGGGACAUGAAGUCAGUCAUCUACGAGAGAGAAGGGAUCCCACCAGACCAGGUGAAGGUGUUGUCAGGUGGGAGGGUGCUGAGAGAUGAGAAGAGGCUGAGGGAUUGUGGUCUUCACAGUGGGAGUACCGUAGACCUCUCUCUCGGGCUCUUGGGGGGGAUGGAUAUAUUUGUGAAGACACUGACAGGCAAGAUCAUAUCUCUGGAGUUGGAGGCAUGGGAUACCAUUGAGUAUGUGAAAGCGAUAAUUCAAGACAAAGAGGGAAUACCACCAGACCAGCAACGACUGAUAUUUGCUGGUAAAGAACUGGAAGAUGGACGAACACUGAGUGACUAUCACAUUCAGAAGGAGUCAACUCUUCACUUGGUCCUGCGGCUACAGGAGGAUGCAUAUAUUUGUGAAGACACCGACAGGCAAGACCAUAACUCUGGAGGUGGAGGCCAGUGCUACCAUUAAGAAUGUGAAAGCUGAAAUUCAGGACAUGGAGGGAAUACCACCAGACCAACAACGACUCAUAUUUGCUGGUCAACAACUGAAGGAUGGACGAACACUGAGUGACUAUAACAUUCAGAAUGAGUCAACUCUUCACUUGGUCCUGCGGCUAAUAGGAGGGAUGCAUAUAUUUGUGAAGACACCGACAGGCAAGACCAUAACUCUGGAGGUGGAGGCCAGUGAUACCAUUAAGAAUGUGAAAGCUGAAAUUCAGGACAUGGAGGGAAUACCACCAGACCAACAACGACUGGUAUUUGAUGGUAAACAACUCAUGGAAGAUGAACGAACACUGAAUGACUAUAACAUUCAGAAGGGGUCAAUUCUUCACAUGGUCCUGCGGCUAACAGGAGGGAUGCAUAUAUUUGUGAAGACACUGACAGGCAAGACCAUAACUCUGGAGGUGGAGGCCAGUGAUGCCAUUAUGGAUGUGAAAGCUAAAAUCCAGGACAAGGAGGGAAUACCACCAGACCAA